AUGAGGGUUAAAGGGACGGAGUUUAAACUUCAGCGCUUGUGUCCGGAUUGGGAGACAUGGGAUCCGAAUAAACCGGUGCAGAAUGCACGAGAGGCCAUGCAGCAGGCAGACGAUUGGCUUGGAGUGCCACAGGUUAUUGCCCCUGAGGAGAUCGUUGACCCGGAUGUAGAUGAGCACUCAGUGAUGACGUAUCUCUCUCAGUUCCCCAAAGCCAAGCUGAAACCCGGCGCUCCAGUUAAACCCAAACAGCUGUACCCCAAAAAGGCCAAAGCGUACGGCCCGGGAAUUGAGCCGGAAGGAAACAUGGUGCUGAAACCGACACACUUUACGGUGGAGACGCUGGAGGCGGGGCUCGGUGAGGUCAUCGUUUAUGUGGAGGAUCCUGAAGGUCACACUGAAGAAGCUAAAGUUGUUGCGAAUAACGAUAAGAAGAGGACGUACUCUGUCAGCUACGUGCCCAAAGUGGCCGGACCUCACAAGGUGAAGGUGUUGUUUGCAGGACAGGAUAUUGAUAAGAGCCCGUUCCUGGUGAAUGUGGCUAAAGCUCACGGUGAUCCGAGUAAAGUCCAGGCGCGAGGUCCGGGUCUUGAGCCCGUGGGCAAUGUCACUCACAAACCCACCUACUUCGACAUUUACACUGCAGGAGCGGGAGCCGGUGAUGUCGGCGUGGUGAUUACUGACCCCCGGGGGCAGAAGGACACAGUGGAGGUGAUUUUGGAGAAGAAAGGCGACGCCGUGUUCCGCUGCACCUACAAACCCACUGCGGAGGGAACACACAGUGUGGAAGUGCACUUCGCUGGGCAGCCCAUCCCCCACAGCCCCUACAGAGUGAACGUCUCUGAGGCGAGUAAUGCAAAUGCGUGCCGUGCCAGUGGGCGAGGGCUGCAGCCGAAAGGAGUUCGAGUGAAAGAAGUCGCAGAUUUCCGAGUUUUCACGAAAGGAGCAGGAAGUGGAGAGCUGCAAGUGUCUGUGAAAGGCCCUACGGGAGCAGAGGUGCAGGUGAAGGUGUGUGAUAUCGGUGAUGGAGUGUACGAGUGCAACUAUAAACCUGUUGUACCAGGAAAAUACACAGUGACCAUAACAUGGGGAGGACAGCCCAUCCCCCGCAGCCCAUUCGAGGUGGAGGUCAGUUUGGAGGCGGGGCCACAGAAAGUGCGUGCCUGGGGUCCGGGCUUAAAGACGGGCGUGGUGGGAAAAUCAGCUGACUUUGUGGUUGAGGCCAUAGGCACUGAGGUUGGCACUCUGGGGUUCUCCAUCGAGGGUCCGUCUCAGGCAAAGAUCGAGUGUGAUGAUAAGAGUGACGGGUCAUGUGACGUGCGGUACUGGCCCACUGAGCCGGGAGAGUACGCCGUACAUGUCAUCUGUGACGACGAGGACAUUAAGGACAGCCCCUUUAUGGCACACAUCCUCCCCGCACCCAGUAACCUGUUCCCCGAGAAGGUGAAAGCAUUCGGUCCUGGUCUUCAGCCCACUGGAGUGAUUGUGAAUAAACCUGCGGAGUUCACGAUCGAUGCGCGACAGGCCGGAAACGGAGAGCUAAAGAUUUAUGCUCAGGAUGCUGAAGGGUGUAUUAUUGACAUCAAGAUCACUGAUAAAGGAGACGGUACUUUUGUGUGUGUGUACAUCCCCACAAAGCCGAUCAAACACACCAUCAUCAUCAGCUGGGGCGGAGUCAACGUUCCUAACAGUCCAUUCAGGGUUCUUGUAGGUGAAGGUUGUCACCCCGAUAAAGUGAAGGUUUAUGGUCCUGGUGUGGAGAAAACAGGCCUGAAGUCGAAUGAACCCACAUACUUCACUGUGGAUUGUAGCGAAGCCGGACAGGGUGACGUGAGUAUUGGGAUAAAGUGUGCAGCGGGCGUGGUCGGGCCGGCUGAGGUAGACAUCGACUUUGACAUCAUCAAAAACGACAACGACACAUUCACUGUGAAAUACACACCUCCCGCUCCGGGACGCUAUACCAUCAUGGUGCUCUUUGCUGAUAAGGAAAUUCCCAGCAGCCCGUUCAAGGUGAAAGUUGAACCAUCUCACGAUGCGGGAAAAGUGCGAGCAGAGGGACCUGGACUCAACAAAACAGGUGUUCAGGUGGCCACACCCACCCACUUCAAUAUUUACACUAAGGGAGCAGGAAAGGCGAAGCCCGAGGUUCACUUCAGCACAGGGAAGAAAGGAAAUGCCGUGAAGGACUUCGAGAUCAUCGAUAAUCAUGAUUAUUCCUACACCGUCAAAUACACACCGCUUCAGCAGGGUAAUAUGAGUAUCUCAGUGAGUUAUGGAGGAGAACCAGUUCCCAAAAGCCCCUUUAACAUCACCGUCGCUCCUCCGUUGCACCUGAACAAAGUCCGAGUGCAAGGUCUGGACAAGAAGGUGGAGGUUGGGAAGGAUCAGGAGUUCACUGUAAACACAGACGGUGCGGGCGGACAGGGCGAGGUCGGUGUGAAGAUGAUCUCUCCGUCCGGACGGCCAAUUCCCUGCAAGUUAGAGACGGACCGAGCCAAAGAGGAAACAAGUGUGAAGUACAUUCCCCCUGAGGAGGGACCCUACAAAGUGGAUGUUACUUAUGAUGGAAACCCUGUACAAGGAAGUCCCUUCACUGUGGAGGCUCUCAUGCCAGCAGAUCCCUCAAAAGUGCGUGCGUAUGGUCCCGGCCUGCAGGGAGGCAUUGUGGGUAAACCGGCUCCGUUCACCAUAGACACUAAGGGGGCGGGAGUGGGCGGGCUUGGUCUGACCGUUGAGGGCCCGUGUGAAGCAAAAAUCGAGUGCCAGGAUAAUGGAGAUGGAACCUGCUCUGUGUCCUACCUGCCCACUGAGCCUGGAGACUACAGUAUCAACAUCCUGUUUGGCGGCGCCCAUGUCCCUGGGUCACCCUUCGUGGCGAGGGUGUGUCCAGCGCUGGAUGCGGGCCGUGUGGUGGCAAGUGGACCGGGGCUGGAGCGGGCCACUGCAGGAAGCGUAGCGUCCUUCACGGUGGACUGCAGCCGUGCUGGAGAUGCAGAGCUCACCGUGGAGAUCGUGUCAGAUUCUGGAGCCAAAGCUGAGGUUCACAUCUACAACAACAACGACGGAACGUUCUCCGUCACCUACACGCCCCCCUCACAUGGACCGUACACCAUCAGCAUCCGGUAUGGGGGCCACAUGGUACCAAAAUGCCCCAUACGUUUGCAGGUGGAACCUGCCGUCAACACCAGUGGCGUGAAGGUCUAUGGGCCUGGGGUGGAGCCUACAGGGGUUCUGAGAGAAGUGAGCACGCAUUUCAUCGUGGACGCUCGCUCACUGACCAAAACUGGAGGAAAUCAUGUGACUGUGCGCAUCAUCAGUCCAUCAGGCAGCAGCACAGACGCCUACAUCACAGAUAAAGGAGACGGAACAUACAGGGUGGAGUACACCGCCUUCCAGGACGGUGUACACCUGAUCGAGGUGUUGUACGAUGAUGUGAUGGUUCCGAACAGUCCGUUCCGUGUGUCAGUGGUAGAAGGUUGCGACCCAACACGGGUUCGAGCAUUCGGUCCUGGACUGGAGAGCGGCCUUGUCAACCAGGCUAAUUGUUUCACUGUAGAGACCAGGGGGGCGGGGACAGGAGGGCUGGGUCUCACUAUUGAGGGUGCAUCUGAGGCUAAAAUGUCCUGUAAAGACAACAAGGACGGCAGCUGCAGUGUGGAGUACGUCCCCUUCAUCCCAGGCAACUACGACGUCAAUAUCACCUAUGGAGGACGACCCAUUCCAGGAAGUCCAUUCCGUGUCCCUGUUAAAGACGUGGUGGACGUCAGUAAGGUGAAGUGUUCAGGACCGGGACUGGGCAGUGGCGUCAGAGCGAAUGUCCCACAGUCCUUCACUGUGGACUGCAGCAAAGCAGGAAACGCAGCGCUGGACGUACAGCUGUAUGGGCCGGCAGGUGCUACAGAACCGGUCAGUGUUAUCAGUAAAGGUGACGGCACACACACUGUGAACUACACACCCGCUCAGGAGGGACCGUACACAGUGUGUGUUAAAUACGCAAACCAGGAUGUCCCACGCAGUCCAUUUAAAGUCCACUCCGGCCCGACUCAUGAUGCCAGUAAGGUUCGCGCGAGUGGUCCAGGACUCGACUCAGCGGGCGUGGCAGCGAGUAUACCGGUGGAGUUCACUAUCGAUGCCCGUGAUGCAGGGGAGGGGCUACUGACUGUACAGAUAUUGGAUCCUGAAGGAAAGCCGAAGAAGGCCAGCAUUCAGGACAAUAAGGACGGCACGUACAUGGUGUCCUACGUCCCCGACGUGAGUGGGCGUUACACCAUCACCAUUAAAUAUGGCGGAGACCACAUCCCCUUCUCACCUUACUCCAUCCAGGCCACGCCCACUGGAGAUGCCAGCAAGUGUGUACUCUCAGUGUCUAUCGGAGGUCACGCAGUCGCCAGUCUGGGCCCGAACAUUCAGAUGAGUGAGGAGACGGUGCUGAGCGUAGAUGCAAAGGCUGCUGGGAAAGGGAAGGUGACGUGUAAAGUUCUCACUCCAAAGGGAACCGAACUCGAUGUGGACGUGAUGGAAAACCAUGACGGAACCUUUGACAUUUACUACACGGCACCUGAGCCGGGAAAAUACGUCAUCACUAUCCGCUUCGGGGGACAAAAUAUUCCCAACAGCCCCUUCACUGUACAGGCUACUAAGGAACCCGUGAUACCAAUAGACACUAAACAGCCCACGUUUCGUCCACUGAACCUGCUCAUCCCCUUCAGUCCUCAGCAGGGGGCGCUAGUUGGUGAGGUCCGCAUGCCGUCAGGUAAAACAGCUCGUCCUUUGAUUAAGGACAAUAAGGACGGCACCAUCACAGUGAAAUACGUCCCUACAGAGAGAGGACUGCACGAGAUGGACAUUAAAUACGAUGGAAAUCACAUCCCAGGAAGUCCCAUGCAGUUCUAUGUGGAUGCCGCUGACAGCACCAUGGUGACGGCGUACGGUCCCGGUCUGUGCCACGGCACGGUGAACAAACCCGCCACCUUCACUGUCGUCACCAAGAACGCUAAGGAAGGUGGUCUUUCUCUGGCAGUAGAAGGACCAUCUAAAGCUGAGAUCAGCUGUAAGGACAAUAAAGAUGGGACGUGCACCGUGUCCUACCUGCCCACUGCCCCGGGAGAUUACAGCAUCAUCGUCAAGUUUGAUGGCAAACACAUUCCUGGCAGUCCCUUCACUGCGAAGAUCACGGGUGAUGACUCUCUCAGGACGUCUCAGCUGAAUGUGGGAACUGCAGCUGAUGUUUCUCUGAAGAUCAAUGAGACGGAUUUGAGUUUGUUAACCGCCAGCAUCAGAGCUCCAUCAGGAGCAGAACAACCCUGUCUACUGAAACACCUCCCUAACAGACACAUCGGUCUGUCCUUUACCCCUAAGGAAGUGGGUGAACAUGAGGUGAGCGUGCGUAAGGGCGGAGCUCACGUUAAUAACAGCCCCUUUAAGAUCACAGUGGGAGCAUCAGAGAUCGGAGACGCCAGUCGGGUCAGAGCGUUCGGACCGGGACUCACUGACGCUCACACCUUCAACAUCGCAGAGUUCUACGUGGAUACCAGAAAUGCAGGUUACGGAGGACUGGGUCUGUCCAUCGAGGGGCCGAGUAAAGUGGACAUUAAGUGUGAGGACGCUGAGGAUGGGACGUGUAGAGUGACCUACUGUCCCACUGAACCAGGAAAUUACAUCAUCAACAUCAAAUUCGCAGAUAAACACAUCCCAGGAAGUCCAUAUACGGUGAAGGUGACAGGUGAAGGGAGGAUGAAGGAGAGCAUCACGAGGAGGAGACACGCCCCGUCCAUCGCCUCCGUCGGCAGCCUGUGUGACCUCAACCUCAAAAUCCCCGGAAACUGGUUUCAGAUGGUCUCGGCUCAGGAACGUCUGACUCGGACGUUCACACGCAGCAGUCAUACGUACACGCGCACUGAGAGGACGGAGAUCAGUAAGACACGUGGAGGGGAGACAAAGCGUGAGGUCCACGUGGAGGAGAGCAGGCAGGUUGGCAGGGAUCCGUUCAGAGACGUGUUCGGAUCGUUCCUCGGCCGGGAGAGCUUUGGCAGCUUUGGCUCUCUCACUGCCAAACCCGACGAUGGAGCCCAGACGAUGACAGCGCAGGUGAUGAGUCCCGGGGGAAAGGUUCUGGACGCUGAGAUCGAGGAAGGUGAAAACAGUACGUACAGCGUACGCUUCGUUCCCAUGGAGACGGGAUCUCACACAGUGAGCGUGAAGUACGGCGGCCAUCACGUCCCUGGGAGCCCCUUCCUGUUCACCGUGGGGCCCCUGGGAGAGGGCGGGGCUCAUAAAGUCCGCGCAGGGGGAACCGGACUGCAGAGGGGCGUCGCCGGAGUACCCACGGAAUUCAGUAUCUGGACGCGAGAAGCUGGAGCAGGAGGUCUGUCCAUCGCUGUGGAGGGACCCAGUAAAGCUCAGAUCAACUUUGAGGACAGGAAGGACGGAUCUUGUGGAGUUUCAUAUAUAGUACAAGAACCAGGUGAUUAUGAAGUGUCCAUUAAGUUUAAUAAUGAGCACAUCCCGGACAGCCCCUUCACCGUCCCCAUCGCCACACUGUCAGACGAGGCACGGCGUCUCACACUGACCAGCCUGCAGGAGAAAGAUCUGCGCGUGAAUCACGAGGCCUCGUUUGCGGUGCAGCGUAAUGGAGCGAGGGGCGUAAUCGAUGCCAAGGUGCACAGUCCAUCAGGAGUGGUGGAGGAGUGUUAUGUCACUGAUGUAGACGCUGAUAAAUCGACAAUCCGCUUCAUCCCACGUGAGAACGGCGUGCACUCCAUCGACGUGAAGUUUAACGGCAGCCAUAUUCCCGGCAGCCCCUUUAACGUGCGAGUGGGAGACACAGGACACGCCGGAGAUCCCGGGCUGGUGUCGGCUUACGGAGCGGGACUGCAGGCCGGCUGCACAGGUGUUCCUGCGGAGUUUGUGGUGAACACCAGUAACGCUGGAUCCGGUGCUCUGUCCGUCAUCAUCGACGGCCCGUCCAAGGUCAAAAUGGACUGUUCUGAGUGUGCAGAAGGUUACAAGAUCACAUACACACCCAUGGCUCCAGGGAACUACCUGAUCUCCAUCAAAUAUGGAGGACCACAACACAUCGUGGGCAGUCCCUUUAAAGCCAGAGUCACAGGUGUGCGUCUGUCAGGAGGACACAGUCUUCACGAGACGUCCUCAGUGUUGGUGGAAUCGGUGUGUCAGAGCUCGAGGGCGUCGGCAUUCAGCUCCAAACCCAGCGUGUCUCUGCCCUCUGACGCCAGCAGGGUGGUGUGUCAGGGGGCGGGGCUAUGCAGAGCCUUCAUCAACACACAGAACAUGUUCACUGUUGACUGCAGCAAAGCAGGUACGAACAUGCUCAUGGUGGGGGUUCACGGUCCAAGGACGCCGUGUGAAGACGUCUACGUGAAACAUCUGGGCAACAAACUGUACAAUGUGACGUACACGGUGAAGGAGAAGGGCAACUACAUCGUCAUCGUGAAAUGGGGUGAUGAGUCCGUGCCAGGGAGUCCCUUCCACAUCACUGUGCCCUAGAUUAUAGUGCCCUAGAUCUAAAACCACCACUGCUGGUUCCACUACAUUAAAAAACAAACAAACCCCUGAAUGCUUUUAUUUAACUUCCUAGCUGCUGAAAUCUGGGCUGUGUUCCAAUACAGCUUCUAAUGCGCCCUUGUCCACUUUUCUUGGUUGUUCCUGUCUUUAGCGUUGACUCGAGGACACGCUUGCUGUGAUCGUUUUGUUAUUUAAAAUAACUGUAAAGGUGCAGGUCCAAAAUCACAUCAUGUUCACUCUAUAGUGCACUAUUUUACCCAGGUGUGAAAGGUGUGUGUGAAAAAUCCCACAGUGCACUGCAGCACAUUCGUGUCCAAAAGGGAACGUCAUUGUGACUGUGGCUGUGUUCCAAAUCCAGCUUUAAGAACAUUCCUGAACUGCAGUGAAGUGCAUAUGAGAGACAUGAAGUUGAUUAUUUUCCUCGAACAGCACGUCCCUGAGUGUUUUAUUCCUCUUACACGACAGCAACUCGCCAACCAUUACAUCUGUAAAUUUAUUAAAGAACAUCAUAUUUUUAUCCAUUUAUAGUUACAUUUAAUGUUUGAUAUGAGCGGCUCAGAUCUCAGCUCUGGAGUGCGAUGGACGAAACUAAGUGCACCCCUGUGCUCGUCUUGACUUCCCCAACACUCACUGGGAGUUUAGUGAAAAUCUGACAAUGUUGAAUAAUAAUUAAAUUAUUAUUUUGGCCCAAAAAACUGGUCAGGGUUUAAAAUCUGCUUUUUUGGGUGUUUUUUUUUCUGUGGGCAGUUAAGAGCAGCCAGUUAACCUAACCUGCAUGUCUUUGGACUGUGGGGGAAACCGGAGCACCCGGAGGAAACCCACGCGGACACGGGGAGAACAUGCAAACUCCACACAGAAAGGCCCUCGCCGGCCACGGGGCUCGAACCCGGACCUUCUUGCUGUGAGGCGACAGUGAUAAUUUUAAUGUGGAGCAUCCACUGUACACACCCCUGUGAACAAACCGUUGCUAUAGAAACCAUAUCAGAAUGAGUGCAUUAAUAUAAACCUGCACUACAGUCAGAGCUACUCAUCUCAUCUCAUUAUUUGUAGCCGCUUUAUCCUUCUACAGGGUCGCAGGCGAGCUGGAUCCUAUCCCAGCUGACUACGGGCGAAAGGCGGGGUUCACCCUGGACAAGUCACCAGGUCAUCACAGGGCUGAGACAUAGACACAGACAACCAUUCACACUCACAUUCACACCUACGCUCAAUUUAGAGUCACCAGUUAACCUAACCUGCAUGUCUUUGGACUGUGGGGGAAACCGGAGCACCCGGAGGAAACCCACGCGGACACGGGGAGAACAUGCAAACUCCACACAGAAAAGCCCUCGCCGGCCACGGGGCUCGAACCCGGACCUUCUUGCUGUGAGGCGACAGCGCUAACCACUACACCACCGUGCCGCCCCAGUCAGAGCUGCUGUUAGAGAGAAUUAAUCAACACCUUCUGACCAAUCAGAGUCCAGAACUCAGCACAGUGUGGUGUAAUACUAAAUAAAUAAUAAAAUAGUGACCCGCCGUGAAUCAGAUUAUCAUUAAAGAAUAAAACAUGAACAUGUAAAAGUUGGGGAAUAAAACGGUGAUGUUCAUUCGCACUCCUGCAGUGCAUUGUGGGUAAAUUCUGCCCGACCGCGAACUGACAUGAAAUUAAACACAGCAAUGCUGCAGGUGAUGCACACUCGAGUGUUUAGGGGAAGUGGAUGACUGCAGUAUUGGAACACAGCCGCUCCUGUUUGUUUUCAGUUCCACCAUAAGAUAGAGAUACUCUUUAUUAACCCCAGAGGGAAAUUCAAAAAUUCAUAAACACAGCAGGUUUAUUAUUUCUGUUUAAGUGUGUGUUUAUUUUAACCAGUUACAGAUUUAAUAAAGAUCAGUUUGUGAA